AUGCCCGGCGUGCCCACCACCGAGGUCGCCGGCCUCUCCCUCGCCUCCCGGACCGUCCACGGCGAUGACCACAUCUCCGCGCACCGGGCCGUCGCGCCGGCCAUGCACGUCAGCACCACGUUUCGCUACAGCGAUGACCCGGACCAGCUGCUGGGCUUUGAUAACAUUGACCCCGCGGCGCCGCUAGACUCGCACAGCUACUCGCGAGCGUCGGGCCCCAACACGACGCGCCUCGAGUCCAUCCUCGAGUCCAUCCUCGGGGGCCCUACGCUCACCUACUCGUCCGGCCUGUCCGCCUUCCACGCCAUGCUCGUGCGCAUCAACCCGCGCCGUAUCGCCAUCGGCGACGGCUACCACGGCUGCCACGGCGUCAUCAAGGUGCUCGCCCGGCUCACCGGCCUGCAGCAGCUGCCGCUCGACUGCGACCCGUCGGAGCUGGGGCCCGGCGACGUCGUCCACGUCGAGACGCCGCUCAACCCUACCGGCGAGGCCCGCGACCUGCAGCACUACGCCGACAAGGCGCACAAGGCGGGCGCGUACCUGACCGUGGACGCCACGUUUGCGCCGCCGCCGCUGCAGGACCCCUUCGCCUUUGGCGCCGACGCGCACUACGCCGACAAGGCGCACAAGGCGGGCGCGUACCUGACCGUGGACGCCACGUUUGCGCCGCCGCCGCUGCAGGACCCCUUCGCCUUUGGCGCCGACGCGGUCAUGCACAGCGGCACAAAGUACUUUGGCGGGCACUCGGACAUGCUGUGCGGGACGCUGACGGUGCGGCCGGGGCUGGCGGACGAGUGGAUGAGGGACCUGCGCCAGGAGCGCAUGGUUCUGGGCUCCGUCAUGGGCAGCCUCGAGGGCUGGCUGGGCCUCCGGUCGCUGCGGACGCUCGAGCUGCGCGUCACGCGGCAGAGCGCCACGGCCACGGCCCUGGUCGCCUGGCUGGCGGAGCAGGCCAAGGACGCGUCCACGGCGGUGGGCGCCGUGGUCGAGCGGGUGCAGCACGCGAGCCUGCAGCCCGAGGCGGGCCAGGAGGGCAGCUGGCUGCAGAGGCAGAUGCCGCGCGGCUACGGGCCCGUCUUCGCCAUCUGGAUGAAGGACCAAGACACGGCGCGCAAGCUGCCGAGCCGGCUGCGGCUGUUCCACCACGCGACGAGCCUGGGCGGCGUGGAGAGCCUCAUCGAGUGGCGCGCCAUGUCGGACCCGGGCGUGGACAAGCGGCUGCUGCGGGUGAGCAUCGGCGUGGAGGGGCUCGAGGACCUGAAGGAGGACCUGCGGCUGGGGUUCGAGAGCCUCAGGGCCAAAUCGACAGUGUCUAUCAACGAGAAGAAGUAA